CGAUAUCGCCAAGUUGGCGGCGGUUGCCUGUCAGGAUACAGUGAGGGCGGCGGCGGCGGCUGUUCGGCCGAAAUUGACCGCUCGACCGAGUAAUCGACCGAGUAACCGUGGCAGAAGGCCGGGCUCCAUCGCGUACAGCAUCCAGACUUCUUGGUCAACACACUUGGGUGGCGCAAGGCGAGCUGGGAGAUGAAAUACUAUAUAAACGUCACUACUCGCCAUACUCUUGACAUGGCAGCGAGCAACCUCAGACACUGAUCCCGAGACACCCAGAACGCAAUCUGAUACAAUGGCAGACCGUUUCAGCGCCAUCCCAAGCAAGGCCGUAGGCAAGCCAGUACCUUUCACCUUAAGCGUGCCUGAAGAAGCCUUGAACGAGUUCCAGAUACUCCUGAAACUCUCCAAGAUCGGCCCAUCAACCUGGUGGAACCAACCAGGCGACGGUCAGUUUGGACUCUCACGCGAAUGGCUCACACGAGCCCAAGAAACAUGGCUCGCCAAGUUCGAUUGGCGCGACCAUGAGAAGCGCAUCAACGCCAUUCCGAACUUCAAAAUUCCAUUGCAAGAUCCUGAGCUGGGGCAGCUCGACAUUCACUUCGCCGCACUUUUUUCCAAGAAGCCCGACGCCGUUCCUCUGAUGUUCUUGCACGGCUUUCCCAGUUCUUUCAUGGACUUCCUCCCCAUCAUGGAAACGCUGGUCGGCAAGUAUACACCAGAGACCCUGCCCUACCAUGUCAUAGCGCCUUCUCUGCCGGACUACGGACUGUCCGUUCGCACUACCCGCAAGGCAGAAAUGACGGUGCAUAGAGCAGCCCGGGUCAUGCACCAGCUCAUGCUCGACCUUGGGUUUGGCGAAUCAGGCUAUGUCGUGCAGGGUGGCGAUCUUGGCAGCAUGCUCGCUCGAACCAUGGCUGUGGAAUACGAGGAAUGCAAGGCUUUUCAUGUCAACAUGCUCGUUCUGAACCCCGGAGAUAGUGUGUCACCUUCUGCGAGGCCCACCGCUGAAGAGCAGGAGGCCCUGGAUCGCACAAAACGUUGGCAGGAGACCGGAUUUGCCUAUGCUCUUGAACACGGCACGCGCCCGGCUACAGUCGGGCUGGCCAUGUCCUCGAACCCGCUUGCCCUGCUAGCCUGGAUCGGUGAGAAACUUUGUGAAUGGGUCGACCCGCACUCGCCGUUGUCACUCGACACCAUCCUGGCUACAGUGAGCUUCUACUGGUUUACAGACACGUUCCCUAAUUGCCUGUACCAUGCGGAGCUCGUCAAGAAAGUCAUGGCCGGCAGCACGUUACCGAUAUCGACGGAGAAGCCGAUGGGCUACUCACUGUUUGCGCAUGAUCUGGCCAUUCUGCCCCGGGCUUGGGCAGAGGAGCUGUACCCAAACUUGAAGCUCUUCAGAUUUCACGCCGAGGGUGGCCAUUUCGCUAGCUUGGAACAGCCGCAAUCGUUUCUAGCAGAUGUGGAGGAAUUUAUACAACUGUCGCGAAGUCUGUUCUCAGCGCCGGGGGCUCUCGUUUGAUUGGUCAACUCGGGCCGGCCUUGUCCUUCACUCCAGUCGAGUUAAUUAGACACGUUUGCCAAGACAAGACCUG